AACCGAGUGAAGCAACUGAAUGUGGUGUCUACAGCAGCAGCAACUAUUUGCAGCCUAAUCGAUUUCUAAAGCAUCAAUCAAUAACAAGGAUAACUAAAUCUUUGCAAUAUGAAGACAAUCGUGCUUUUCGCUGGACUCAUCUGUGCUUUCUGCCUUUUCCAAGGCACCAAUGCAGCGCCUGCUGAUGCAACUGCUCUGGAGGCUGAUGAGGCACAAUUGGCUGUGCUGAAGGAGCUGCCUGCGGUGGAGUUGAGUCGUCAAAAGCGCGCCACUUGUGAUCUGUUGAGCGGCACCGGUGUAAAUCACAGCGCUUGUGCGGCUCAUUGCAUUCUUCGUGGCAAUCGUGGUGGUUAUUGUAAUGGUAGCGCUGUCUGCGUCUGUCGCAAGUAAGGAAGAUACAUUUGAUUACAAGCAUUCUUUUAUAUAAAUUGAAAUAUUUUAUCAUUAUACGUAUCAGUUUGGCCAACAUAUUCAAUAAACUUUAAAUUAAAAAAAUA